AUUUCCAUCAAUGUCCCAUUCCGAGGUCCGCACAUCUGCCCCGCGCGAAGCCGCGUUGGCGCUGUUCACUGGCAGUUUCUAUGGUGGCGUCCACACAGUGGUCGGACAUCCCCUGGAUACGAUCAAAUCUCGCCUACAAAUGGACCCGACGAUGCGCAACGCUAGCGCAUUGGACGUGGCCAAGUCGCUGUGGAAGACCGACGGCCUUCGUGGGUUCUUCCGUGGCUGCGUGCCACCGCUGUGGGGCUCAAUGGUGUACCGAGGCAUCAUGUACAGCGGGUACGAGUUCUCGUUUACGUUUAUCGAGAAGGGCUUCCCGGACGACCACUUUCUCAAGAACGAGCUGUCGCCUUCGUUCCCCGUGCGACCGAUGGUGGUCGCGUCCACCGUGUUUGCCGCGUCCUGCCGCGGUAUCAUUGAAAGCCCCAUUGAAUACGCCAAGGUCAUGGGCCAAAUGAAGCAGCCAUGGGUCCUGACCCAUGUCUACCGAGGUGUCCUGUGGCAGCUGCUGCGCACGACAGCGUUGCUGAUCCCUAUCUUUUCCAUUUUGGAUGUGGCGCGCCGAAAGACGGACCUCACUAAGACCCUUCCAGGCAACUUCGUCGUCAUGUCUGGCGCGUGUGGGGUGUCGUACUUGUGCUGCUGGCCACUGGAGACACUCAAGAAUUUGGCCCAAACUGGCAUUGGGGGCAACUCGCUCGCGGAACGCAUUAAGUACUUAGGCGGAUGGCGUGGAGUAUACCGAGGUGUGUGGCCUGGCACGAUUGCUGGUAGCACGCGCAACGGCGCCGGGAUGGUCGCGAUGGUGUUUGCACAGAAAUGGGCCACUGACCUGGGCCUGCGGGACUAAUAGAAAUAAUGUACUAUUUAGUAUCAGUCGUUUUCGUUUCC